AAGAUCACCAGCUCAUCAAGUCCAAUUCGAGUUCCACAGCGAAAGCUCACAGUCGUCAAUACCGCUUUGGUAUUAUUAAGACUCUUCAGACCUUAGUCGUGUUGCCAUGAGCCGCCCGCAAACCUUUUUUGAUGUGGAGGAUUGGCCUCUCCCACCUGCCCGACGAGAGAGUACCAUUUCGUCUUCAACCCAGUCCUCCUCGUCCGCUAGUUUCGUGUCAUCAUCUUUCUUUCCCAAUCCUCCCCACAGCCCGGCGACCUCAUCUCCAGGGAGAUCGCGGCAAGCGUCAUGCCAAUCUAUGUAUGAUGAGGUAGCCCGACUAUCACUUAACUCUGCUGUCACAAUUUCCUUCGUUCGAAGUACCAAGCUCUUCAGGCUCCAAUACACAUAUAUCGAUAUUCGCAAAGAUGCCACAGGAAGACUGAAGGCCUUGGAGCUGGGCGGCGCUGUUGGCCAGCAAAGUCCCUUUUUGCAUACCUUCAAUACAUCGAAAAUCCCCGUCCCGCAUCUAGAACACCCCAAAUUACCGAACGAGCCCUCGUUAAGAAUCUCUUUCAUGGAGGAACAAACCGUCCAGACCGCCCAUACCGUUUUUACGUCACAAUUAUCCUAUACAUUUGAAGAUUGGCACGAUUGUGUCCAGUUUCAGGAGCUGAUCCUAGCUGCAAAACUUAUUUUUAUUGCUGGAAUUGCAGAAGCCAAGUCAAAAGGGCGAGGGGAAGAAUGCAUCAGCCAGAAUCUACGGAUACUGCGCGGCUACAAUGGCAGACAAGUGCUGCUAUUUUUCGCCAAUUCGCAACGAAAAGAGCUAAAACGCUAUGUCUCUGUUCCUGUGAAUUGCAUUGAAAGUGUCAAGCCGCCGAAAAAGGCCGGGCGACCGGUUGUGCUACAUCUUCUACCAAAUUUUGAUCACCUUACUCAGAUGAAAACUCUCCAGAUCCAUUUCUUAGACGACGGAGAUAGUCGAUCCUUCUGUCAAUUUCUGGCAGACUACGUGAAAUAGGCCGUAUUCUUCCCUAAUCCUCCUAUCUCUCUCUUUUUUUCUCCUUAAUUCCCGAGCGAUAAUACUGCAUGUUGCUGCAUUAGAGGUUCAUGUCUGCAGUCUUCUUGGUUCCCGCAUGAUGACCUUGGAAUACGGUCCCGCGGAUUCUUUCGGAUAUAAUACUUGGUUCCCUCUUA